UGAGAGAGGAAACACCUGGAAGACAAAGAUGAACUUGAUUGCAGUAAUUGCUGUUGCUGUUUGUGUCCUUGCACCAAGUGCUCACUGUGCCCCAAAAACAAUCGAGUGGUGUUACCACGACCCAGCCUGCAGUGACAGAACCUGGCCGACCAUCGCCCCUCAGUUCUGCAAUGGGACGCGCCAGUCGCCCAUUAACAUCGUGUCAGCCAACGCGUCGGAGAACGCAGACCUGACGGAGUUCAUCUUCCAGGGCUUUGACAGCAUCACCGCCAUGGCAAACAUUAAGAACACCGGGGAGACUGUGAAAGUGUCUUUAAAUAAAGGCGUCAAGAUCUCAGGAGGAGACCUGCCUGAGAGCUACGACAGCCUGCAGUUUCACCUUCACUGGGGAAACAGCACCGUCUCCCCUGGUUCAGAACAUACUGUGGACGGCAAGCGCUUCCCGAUGGAGCUUCACAUUGUAAACAGCAAAUCCUCCUACAAGGAGAACACCACUCUUGCUGUCGCUGAUUCUCAAGGACUUGCAGCUCUUGGUUUCCUCAUUGAGGAGCUGCCGAAUACAGUGGACCAGCCAGCUAGCUGGAAGACCCUGGCCUCCUAUUUGUCAAACAUCUCAUUGGCUGGUGAGAAUGCAAAAAUAGCAGCUGGGAUUUCUCUAGAUGAUCUCCUUUCAGGGGUGAACCGUAGAAAUUACUACCGCUACCUUGGCUCCUUGACCACCCCAGUGUGUAAUGAGGCCGUGAUUUGGACUGUGUUCAAGGACUCGAUUAAAGUCAGCAAAAACCUGAUUGACCUCUUCAGCACAAGUUUGCACAUCAGUGACACCGCUUCGCCUCUGAUGGUUAAUGUGUUUCGAGGCAUCCAGCGAUCACAGCCAGUCUCAACGCAGCCGAAGGCCAGCUCCUCCACCAAAACUGGCUACUCUCUGGCUUUAAUGACCCUCGGCCUUGUAAUGGGGAGAUAUUAAAAUGAAAGCUACGGUCGCAGGUGAACCAGUUGCUGCGUAAAACAUGCAUAAAAUGCUAAAUACUGGUGACCUCAGUCCUGCACACAGUUUUUGGAAGUUUGUUUAGAAUAUUGAGACUUGCCUGUCUUGAACAGCCAUGCAACAUCAAUGCAUCUGUAAUUAUUUUUUGUUGUUGUUUCUUGUUGUUUUUCUUGCACUCUGCAGAAAUAUUUGCAUGUUUAAAUUGCACUAGUUGAACCUGAAGCCGUUUUAUUUUGCGUAGUGAAGGUUCAAAGUGCACUCUGACUGCACUGUUCAAUGGUUAGGAUUAAUUGGAAUGUAUGUAUCUGACUUUUGUGAAGUGCCUUGAGACGACAUGUGUUGUGAAUUGGUGCUAUAUAAAUAAACUGAAUUAAAGUGUAACUUUAUUGCCAGUAAACGUUUCCUCACCUCUCAAAUUUGUAGAAAGUGAAGACAGCUAAGGCGGUAACUACCCAAUGACUAAUCAGAAAGGUGCUUCUUUUUUCUUAAAAUGACUUCACAUGUUUACAUCCAGGAAAUUAAUUGUUAGUUUAUAUUAAAGGAUUAGACUUUGAAAGAAAGAUAUUCAAAUAUUUUUCUCUUCUGAAUAUCUGUUACCUCGCUCAGCGAACUCUGGAAACAUUUACACAAUAUAUAGACUUUUCAUUCAAAAUGUAUUCAUUUAUUUUCAACUAUUUUACAUCUGCUAUCUGUGUUUUUUUUUUUCAUCUGUUGUAACAUACAUAAUUACCUGUUUGCAUUUAUUGCUAA